UCUCAUUCACACUGGUGAGCUUGUGCUUCCUCUUGCUGCCUCUGAAGGGUCUCAUAUGGCGUCAUCACUCAACUAAAGAAGAACUAGGAGAUCUGUAGCGGUUCUUUUUUUCUUUCGAAAAGGUAAUACACAAGAUGUUCGUUGAGGUCCUUGAAUCUUGAGAAGGACAAUGUUUAGGUAACCUCAGAGUGAAUCUUUAAUCGAGUUUAUUGGGCUGUUAGUUAGAUCGAGACAUUGCGUGACAGUGCUUUCAGCAGGAGAUUUUUUGGCGUUCAGUCACCAUGGCAGACUUUGGCUGUGCUUAUCCCCCUCCUCCCAUGGUGGGCACCUACACUUCGCAUCCUCCCUUACCGCCCAGAACGCGGCCUCUGAAGACGAGGAGUAUGGCGUGGCCUGUGCUGGUUGCACUGCUGAUUCUGGCUCUGGGCGGCAUGGCGGUGGAGGCCUGCUUCAUCUACGACCUGUACCAAAAGGUGGACCCGAGUGCAAAAGGAGACGCACCACUGGGUCAUGAAAAGCAAAUUCAAGUCAACAUGAGUUCAGAUUCCAUGAAGAAACCCUCAAAACCAAUGGCACAUCUGAUUGGUGCAAGUAAACCUCGCAAAGAUGGAAUCAUCCUUUGGGAAGUGGAGGAGCGCAUGGAUGUAACCAUCAUGCACAAAAUGAAAUACGACAAUGGGAAGAUCAUUAUUCAGAAAGAGGGCUAUUACGCUAUUUACUCCAAGAUGUAUUUUAAAGAGACACAACAACGCCUGAUCCUACAUGAGGUUGUCAAGACCACACCACGCUACCCAAAAGAAAUAGUUCUCCUACGGUCAAAAAGAUUCCCUCCCAAAGAUACACAUGCAGGUCAUACAAAUAGCUACUUGGGAGGAGUGUUCCAUUUGUUUGAAAAAGAAGCUAUCUUUGUCAAGGUGAAUAAUCGCACGGAGGUCACACUUCUCCAACCAGCAGACAACUACUUUGGCGCUUAUAUGGUGUAGCAAACAAGUCAAAAGACAGCAUCUUGACACACAGUACAUAUGUGUUGGUAUUAGCAUAAAGGCGAUACAUUAAAGAAGAAUAAGAUAUUUCUAAUGUUAAUGUGUGUAUUUUGUUUUAAACAACGUAUAGAAAGUUAAGAGCACUGAACAAUUACUGUUAUUCAAAUUAACUCCUUUUGGUCAAAUACACAUGAUUGAUAUGAUUGUUUUGCACAAUUUAUUUUUAGGAAUAUACAUUGAAUUCAGUUUUUUUACAUCAGAUUUCAAGCACUUUACUUUCAUCUCAAACAAAAUAUCUACUGUGAUCACAGGAUUGCAUAACAACCUGUUGGUAUUCUUGGUAUUUUUUAGUACUUACAAUGUAAUUCAAAUAUGUCAUCUUUGUGAUUUUCAUUUUAUAUGUUGACAAUCCUGCACAUUUGUGGUUUGAUGACUGAAUUUAACAUUCACAUAGCAAUGUGCAGUGUGACUAUGUCGCUGUUAUGUCCUGAUAAGUAAAAUAGGUAUUAUUAUUAUUAUUAUUAUUAUUAUUAUUUAGCUAUUUAUGUGUAUAUAUGCUUUAAUAUUGUCAUAUUUGAUGACUGACCGUCUCAACACACAUUGUAUUAUGUACAGUCAGUCAAGCCAUUGUAAUAAUCCCAAUAUAGUCGCAAAGUGAAAAUGCAAAAUGUAACCUGGACUGUUAUCUCACUUCUGAAAACCUAUUCCAUUGGUUUUUCACACAAUGAAUGUAAUUUAUUGUAAACUGUAUUCAUCAUUCAAAUAGUUGGUUUUGCAAAACGUAUGGUGUCUGUAGUCUGUAGAUGUACCAUCAAUGACUUGCCACAGAGUAACUGUGUUUAUUGAAAGAAAAACAGCAGCUUUCUGACAUGAGUGUCAUAAUAAAACAUU